AUGCCUCAAGUAGAGCCUCAGGUAGAUCCUCAGGGAGAUGCCUCCGCGAGAGCCUCAAGGAGACGCUUCAGGGAGAUCCUCAAGGAAAUUCUCAGGGAGACGCUUCAGGGAGAUGCCUCAAGUAGAGCCUCAGGUAGAUCCUCAGGGAGAUGCCUCAGCGAGAGCCUCAAUGAGACGCUUCAGGGAGAUCCUCAGGGUGACGCCUCAAGGAGAUCCUCAUGGAGACGCCUCAAUAAGAUCCUCAGGGUGACGCCUCAAGGAGAUCCUCAGGGAGACGCAUCAAGGAGAUCCCCAGGGAGACGCAUCAAGGAGAUCCCCAGGGAGACGCCCCAAGGAGAUCCCCAGGGAGACGCCUCAAGGAGAUCCUCAGGGAGACGCAUCAAGGAGAUCCGCAGGGAGACGCAUCAAGGAGAUCCCCAGGAAGACGCAUCAAGGAGAACCCCAGGGAGACGCAUCAAGGAGAACCCCAGGGUGACGCCUCAAGGAAAUCCGCAGGGUGACGCCUCAAUGAGAUCCCCAGGGAGACGCAUCAAGGAGAUCCCCAGGGAGACGCAUCAAGGAGAUCCCCAGGGAGACGCAUCAAGGAGAUCCCCAGGGAGACGCAUCAAGGAGAUCCCCAGGGAGACGCAUCAAGGAGAUCCUCAGGGAGACGCAUCAAGGAGAUCCCCAGGGAGACGCAUCAAGGAGAACCCCAGGGAGACGCCUCAAGGAAAUCCGCAGGGUGACGCCUCAAUGAGAUCCCCAGGGAGACGUAUCAAGGAGAUCCUCAGGGAGACACAUCAAGGAGAUCCUCAGGGAGACGCCUCAAGGACAAGCCUCAAUGAGAUCCUCAUGGAGACACCUCAAGGAGAUCCUCAUGGAGACGCCUCAAGGAGAUCCUCAGGGUGA